UAUAAGAAGCCGAGGCUCCAGCUGCAGGCAAAGAGACAGACAGACGGACAUACUGAGCAUCAGACCAGAGGAUCUGUGGACUAAAAUCCACCUCCAGGUACCCACGGCACAGUGAAACCAUCAAGGAGAAGAAUGGGACUGCUCAGCGUUGAAGAACUGGUGACCGGUAAGAGGUCAGAGGGCAUAGAGGCAGAUGACUUUCAGGGGGGCGUGUACGAGGCGGCCGUCAAUCAGGAGAAGCGGGAUGAUCGCAGAUCCCACGGGGAGCUGGGGGUCGGCGGGCGUCUGUCGGAGGAGAGUGACAGCGGCAGCGAACAGGAGGAAGUCAGCGUGGCAGCUCUCAAUACGGAUAGGAGCGGCAGACUGAAGCUGGAGACGGUGGACGACCUGUUCAACAUCCUGCAGCUGAGGAAGAAACGGAGAGAGAGGAAGAGCCCGGUCCUGAAGAAAGAUGAGCCAGAGCCUGAGACUGUGCCGGAGACAGUAGACGAGGAGCUGUUCCUCACAGCAGUCAUGGAGAACAAACUGGCUGUGGUGGAGAAGUACCUGUCUGACGGAGGAAGCCCCGAUGCAAGCGACAAUUUCCAGAGAACAGCUCUGCACAAAGCCUCUUUCAAAGGACACGUGGAGGUCAUGCAAAGACUUCUGGAGGCCGGAGCGGCUAUGGAGAAAAAAGACAAGCUGGAGGCCACAGCGGUCCACUGGGCCUGCAGGGGAGGCAGCCUGCCGGCCUUGCAGCUCCUCCUGGAUCGAGGAGCCAAGUUCACCUCCAGAGACAAGCUGCACAGCACUCCUCUGCACGUGGCUGUGAGGACAGGACACUGCGAUUGUGCCGAGCACCUCAUUCACUGUGGAGCAGACCUGAACGCCAAAGACAGAGACGGAGACACACCCAUGCACGAUGCUGUGAGAAUAAACCGAUUCAAAAUGAUCAAGCUGUUGAUGAUGUACGGGGCCAGUCUCAACACAAAGAACUCUGAUGGGAAAACUCCAAUGGAGACAUUGUAUUCAUGGCAGAAUGGAGCCAAGAGCCUCCUGUGCAACUUCAGCGAGGAGAAGCUGGAUCAGUAGAAGCCAAGAGAGUUCAGUAAAAACAGGAAGUCAAACUGAAAAUCAGCCACAGGAUUUCCUGCCCACACUGAGGUCCGCCAAGUGCACACUGCAGUUUAUCCCGAGAAGCUUUCCAGAGUGCGGAUGCUGUUUUUUCCUACUCACAGAUAUCGUGUUCCUCAGGAAAUGGGCUGAUGGACGUUAUAUGGAUGUCAUCCUAGUUCAGCGACUUUUCUUUGACCUGCUGAGGUUUUUUUUCCUCUUGUAAUAUAAAUGUAUCAUAUGUACGGUCACCAUGGAGACCAGAGUGAAGGAGACAAUGUGAAUUCUAAUCAAGAUGAUGUCAUUAUUAGCACUGAUAGAUUCACUGAUCGCCAAAUAUUGCUGGACAAUGUCUCGGACGACAGUACGUGCUUUUUCCUUAAAGCUGAGUUAAAGUCAGCGAGAAGGUGAAUUAUUUAUUAAUGACAAUUCAGUAUCAGGUUCAUUAGCUUCGAUUGUUUGAUUCGAUACGUUUAACAACUGAGUGACUGAGUUAUGUUGCAGUUGGUUUGUUGAUUUUAACGGUCAGAGUAACUAAUUAUAUGUUGUGAGUCUAUUAGGAAGCAACAAAUAUAACUUGACUGUUUUAGUUUUUGCAAAUGUGCUUGUAGUUCAGCUGGAUGAGCUGUGUGCAGAUUUAAGGUGAAGCGUGCACCGUGUAAAAACACUGCAGCUCAGUGAGCAUCAUCGUUUCUACAAUGAUGUGUGUCUCACAGGUUCUUUGGUCUUAUGUGUUUGCAGAUGAGAGAUAAGGCAGGAUAAAGUGAGCUUUGGUCAGGUUGAUGAAGAGCUCUCCACUUACAUUUGAUUUCUGUUGAAUUCGGACGUCUUUAUGUGGUUUUAAAACGUGGAUGUGGCCACUGUGCAGUGUCCAGCGGUUUGUGAAUGACCACUUCAAACUCCCAGCUAAAGUUUUGGUCUUGCACACUUUGGGUUUUUGAAAGCACUAAAGCGUAUCCUUCUUUGUUUAAUAUACUUUAAACGGGACCAUAGUUUCCAAAAUGAACGUCGUGUUGUAUUCCCUCGAACUGAAGCCAGAAACUCAUCGCUGAGGUAAUAAAUCAACUGACUUCUAUACACAGCCAAGGAAUCGCCACCUACUGGCCAUUAAAAUACAGUUUAAGCGACACUGACAUACGUUUAGCUCAUUUUAUGUUCGUAUUUUUCCCCUUUUCUUUCUUUUUUAAUAAAAAGUUCUGUUUGGGGUUUAAAAAAGGUGAUGUUUUAGAAUUUGGUCCCUUUUCUGAUUUCAGUUGGUUUCUUUUAUUUCUUAAAAAAUAUACGACUGUGAGAGAGAAGCAGUCACUGUUGGUUAAGAGGAAGUUUUUACGUUUGUGUUUAAAGAUGAAAUUAACUUUUUUUUCUCUGUUGUUUGAUGUAAUGAAUAAAAGACUGAUUUUUAAUGCAAUUUGCUGUUUAUUGAAGGAUGCAGUAAAUAUAACCUGUGCAUUACUUUAACAGGCUGCAUGUCUGUACAGGUGUAUGUGUAUAAAAAUAGCUGUUUACAUUUGAAAAUAAAAUGUAUUUAUUUAAUUAAACACUUUAAAGCAAUCAUUUGAUUUUCUACCUGUGAACUCAGAAACGUUGGCUUUACACCCCCAUUGUGAGGCUACUUUCAUUGAUAGUGAGUGAACAUUAGCAUUUAUAAGGUGCAAAAAUCACAUAAAAACUGUGAACUGGAGCUGUACACAGUAUUGAUCAGUUUAACUUGCACUGAGUCUGUUGUUCUAAUUAUGUCCAGAUAGCAAAAAUAUACUCUCAUUUUUCAGGUAGCCUUUGGCUGAUGCUAGAAGGGCUCAGUGGGAGGGGCACUGUAGGAGCCAUUUUUGGGUUAUGUUGUCACUAGCCUUUACGGGAACAAUGAAAGGGGCAGUCUGAUUAGCUGCUGGUUUAAAACCUUUAAAUGUAUUCACCCUUAAAUGCUCAUAUGUGAUGAAUGCAGCUGUUAAGGUUCAAAAAUUGAGGAAGGAGAGUACAAACCACCAUGGUCCAGAAGAUCUUGGUCAAACGAUUGAUUUUAAUGAAUACACGCGUGGGAAGACCAUUCUGUACACAGACAGCAAUUGAUCUUCGACUUAAUCAAAGCAUACACAGAUUUUUAUAGCAUCCGGGCUUGAUUUAACGACGCCCCUUCAACGUCACAGAUACAUUUUAUAUAUAGAUCAGAUCAAAACCACAAUGACUUUUAACAUAGUUUAAAAAGAACAUCGUCUUCCAUCUUCAUAACAGGUACUUCCUGUUACUGCCGGAUGCUCUCUUGUCAUCUUGACACCUCAGCAGCAGUUCUGCGACAAACUGCUCUUUUUGCAACCCCAAGCAAAACAUGAUUAAACUUCCACCUAUAAAUGAUUCUCUCUAACUGAGUUUGUGUGUGUGGGUGUGUGUUAACCACAAUUGCACCCUGUUUCACCUCGCCGACUAGCUCCUGACCUCUAACCAGACAGAGAGACAGAAACCACUCUCGUAUAUGUAAUAAUCGAACCUAGACUUUGCAAACUCUCUGCAACUUCCUGUCAGCCUGCUGCACUUAGUCUUUCUAAAACACACACACACUGUUUAAACCUCUGAAUACAAUAUCAAUGCUGCAAAUUCUAUUAUCAAUGCAAUGGUAAUAAUGAUGAUUAUUUAACAAUAGCAGU